GCCGCUGCCGGUGGCGGGCGUUGCUCGGUUUCCGUUCCCCGCGGAUUUUUUUCCGCCAGCGCCGCCCUGUGCGAGGACCUCCGCCCAUCCCGCCGCUCCUCCCGCUCAAUCCUCCUCUCCAGCAAAGAAGCAGCAAAGCUGUACCAAACCGUGCCCUUAACAAACAUGGCGGCGUCGCGCUCUGCCCGCUCCCGCCAUUGAGGCGGCGGCGGCGGCGCGCGGUGAUGACGCACCAAGCGCGCGACGGGCGGGGCGGCGGGGCCCGAGGGUUUGAGGGAUGCCCAAGAAAUUCCAGGGGGAGAACAGCAAGUCGGCGGCGGCGCGCGCCCGCAGGGCCGAGGCCAAGGCGGCGGCGGAGGCGCGGCGGCAGCAGGAGCUGGAGGAUGAGCUCUGGAAGGACGAGGACAAACACGUGCUGAGGAAGGAGCAGAGGAAGGAGGAGCGGGAGAAGCGGCGCCUGGAGCAGCUGGAGCGCCGCAAGGAGCUGCAGCGGCUGCUGGAGGAGGAGGAUUCCAAACUCAAAGGGAAAAGUCCCAAGCAGGGAAAUCCCGGGAAAAUCACCCGGGCCCAGAUCGAGGAGAACGUCCGCAGGGAGCAGCAGCAGAAGGAAAACACGGAUGCAGCAGCAGAGAAGGAGAAAUCCCACCUGGAGCUGCCUCUGGAGGAGAACCUGAACCGGCGGCUGCCCGAGGAGGGCGCGGUGGAGGCGCGCAGCAUCGAGGAUGCCAUCGCUGCCCUCAGCGUGUCGCAGCCCCUGGAGCGCCACCCCGAGCGCCGCCUCCGCGCCGCCUUCGCGGCCUUCGAGGAGCUGCAGCUGCCGCGGCUCAAGCGGGACAAUCCCAACAUGCGGCUGAGCCAGCUGCGGCAGCUGCUCAAGAAGGAGUGGAUGAGAUCCCCCGAGAACCCGCUCAACCAGCGGCACCAGCCCUACAACACCCACAAAUAGGACCGGGGGGAACCCCCAAACUGGCUCCUGGAUUUCGGGGCCCCGCCCCAGCUCGAGGUCGGACUGAUGGCGCCUCCUCCUCGCUCAGAUUCCCUGGAAAAUGCAGCUCCCGGCAGAUCCCGGGUUGUUCUUGCUGCUCCCUCCCUGGAAUUCUGGGGCUGCCGUGUGGGAAAUGCUCCUGGAGUGUCACCCCCGAAGAGAUUCCAGGCCUGGAUCUCCCUUGGGUGUCCCUGGUCUUGUUUUCUCUGGGAUUGGGAUAACCCUGAAAUCCCUGCUCCCAUUUCCUGUGGGAUUGGGAUAUCCCUGAAAUCCCUGCUCCUGUUUUCUUUGGGAUUGGGAUAUCCCUGAAAUCCCUGCUCCCAUUUCCUGUGGGAUUGGGAUAUCCCUGAAAUCCCUGCUCCCAUUUCCUUUGGGAUUGGGAUAUCCCUGAAAUCCCUGCUCCCAUUUCCUGUGGGAUUGGGAUAUCCCUGAAAUCCCUGCUCCCAUUUCCUUUGGGAUUGGGAUAUCCCUGAAAUCCCUGCUCCUGUUUCCUGUGGGAUUGGGAUAUCCCUGAAAUCCCUGCUCCCAUUUCCUGUGGGAUUGGGAUAUCCCUGAAAUCCCUGCUCCUGUUUUCUCUGGGAUUGGGAUAACCCUGAAAUCCCUGCUCCUGUUUCUUUUGGGAUUGGGAUAUCCCUGAAAUCCCUGCUCCCAUUUCCUGUGGGAUUGGGAUAUCCCUGAAAUCCCUGUUCCCAUUUCCUUUGGGAUUUGGAUAUCUCUGGUUCCAUUUCCUUUGGGACUGGGAUAUCCCUGCUCCCGUUUCCUUUGGGACUGGGAUAUCCCUGCUCCCAUUUUAUUCGGGAUUGAUGCAGAAGUGUUGGGAAGAGGGAAAAUCCCUCUGGGAGAAGUGGGAAAAGCCUUUCCUGGGGGUGGGGACAGCAGUGCCAGGCAGCUCCAGGUGACAUUCCCUGGAAAAAGCAGCUGCCAGGCUGUCCCUGUCACUCCCUCCCUGGAAUUCUGCAGCCACCACAUGGAAAACUCCCAGUGUCCCCAAAAUUCCAACCUCUGGAUUUUUUUGGAGGGCUGGGAUCCCUGAGGAAGGGUUGGGAAAAGCCCCCCCCGCCUGAUUCCUGCUUUUCCUGAGGGGGACAGGCAGCUCCAGGUGACAUUCCUGCUGUCCCCAGGAAUGCUGGAGCCCCAAAUCCACCUGGAGAAGGGAAAUUCCUGCUUUUCCCAUCCCUUUUCCCCUUCCCUGAUCCCUGGGACAUUCCCUGUGGGGAAUGCUGGAAUCCUUGGGAAUUCCAGAAUCCUCGGGAAUGCCAAUCCUGGGUUUUUCCUCCCCUCCCCCCUCCUCUCUUUUCCCCAUCUUUUGGGAAUGAAAUUCCUUCCCAGGAAUCAGCCUGGAAGUGCUACCAAAAAUCCCGUGGGAUUCAUCCAGGCUCAUCCUUCUCCUUUUUUUUUUUGGGGCUGCCCUCCCUGGGCUGGUCACUGUUCCCACAUCCCAGAAUUCCCAAAUCCAGCCAGGGAGGGAUGACCCCACCCCUCCCCUCCACCCCUUUCUGUGAGUUUGGUGUGUUUGAAUCCGAUUAAAAAUUUUAAAAAAGCCAAAACAAACAA